UCGGCACUACCGGGGUUGGCCGUUGGCGCUGGCGCGCUGCGCGCUCGCGGCGGUUGGCAGUUGGCUGUAGUAAGCUGAAGCUGUUGGGAGAUCGCCGGUCGGAGCGAGAGCACAGGGGCCGCAGGAAUCACAUGCAAAGAGGAGGCCUCUGUGUAUUACACCAAGAGGUGGUUAUCUCAGUCUUCUUUGAAAACACCUAAAUCAUCAUGUCUGACGACGGAGCUGUUACUGAAGUGAAGAAGCGUGGACGUCCUAGCAAGGCUGCCACUGAAGGAAAGGCUGCUGCACCUGCCAAGAAACGUGGACGAUCUGCUGCCUCACCUGCCAAGAGCGAAGAAGCUCCUGCCAAGCGAGGACGUGGAAGACCCAAAGGAUCCGGCAAGAAAAGCAAGGCUGCCAAAGCAGCCAAGAAGCCUGCUGUACCUGGCCGAGGUCGUGGUCGCCCAAAGAAGGAAGAGAAGAAGGCUGAAUCAGCUGGAGAAGAAGAGGAGGAGGAGGACGAGGAAGAAGGAGAGGAAAAUUAAAUCAUGAAAAUCAUAAUUUUAUCAUGUAUGCUGUUUGAAUAGGAUACUCAACACUGCCAGAAGGAGAAGAUCUCCAUGUUGACAGCUACUCCAUUUUUGGCAUUUUGUUUGUCUUGGCCAACUGUCUUACUUAUUUUAGACUGCACAAAUGUGAUUGUAUGUUUAUUUCACAGAAAGUCCUUUAAGCAGCAAGCUUAGCCAUAGCAUGUGUAGAAAUUGUCAGACUUCUUGUAACAUGUUUAGAUUAUGGCCACUGUUUAAACAUGGGUUGGGUUUUCUUACAGUUCUUUUACUGUAUUCAUUUUAUUGCUUAAGAACAGCGAAAAUUUUCGUUCGGCCAUCGUUCUACAUGCCCACCUCUUUAAUUUUAACUGUCCUAUCAUCCAUCUUUAAUUCAUAUUCAAAUGCAUUUUAUUUUAUGAUUCCUGUAUUGAUAUGCGAAAUUGGCCAAAGCAAUCAUUACAGCUAGAGUUUUUGGAAGUGAUGUUAGCAGUUUUUCCUAAUUAUCGUCUUCAUUCAUCCUUCAUGUCAUUGUGUUCCUGAAACUUAUCAUUACAAGUGUCAUUUUCCAUUGCAGUCAUAACAAAUGUAUCUCAUUUUCUCUUAUAAAUGUCAGUUGGAAAAAAAUA